AUGCAUCUAGGUUCAAGUGGCCGGAAUGGCAACACUGAUGUGGAUGGGCAAGUGCUUCUGUCUGAGCAUGUCUAUCAUGCUACUGAGCUGGAACACUUGGAGUCAGCCUUGGAAGUUUGUUUGGCGCAUGCCUUGAUUACUGAGAGAGAAGAGGUGAUGGGCACCUUGGACCAAGCGAAUGGACCUGGCAUGGCGCAUUGGACAGAAAUUCCUGCAGGUCUCCUGUUGGGUGAUGUGCACCAAUCACAGGCCUGUGUCCCUGGGGCAAGGGUGGUUCGGAUCUGGAGUUCAAUCAGCCUGCGUCGCAGUGACAAGCGGCCGGACCGUGUGGAGAUUGCGCCAGAACAAUUGGUGGAAGCCGUGGAGUACGCCGAGAAGCUUAGCCAGGUGAUGAAACGCACCUGUCGAGUCGUGGGCUGGUACCACUCGCAUCCUCACAUCACCUGCUUCCCAAGUCAUGUGGAUCUGCGUACACAGCUUCAGUAUCAGUCGAUGGACUUAGAUUUUGUGGGUCUGAUCUUUGGAGUCUUCAACUAUGGCAACUUCGGCUCCACUCACCACGAUCUCAUCGCGUUUCGGGCGCUGGAGACACCCAAGGAGAUCCAGCAGCGCAACUUGCAAGUAGAAGUGGUGCCUCUGUGCGAGCUGCUCUCAGAGGACGAGGAAACUGCGGCGGUCCAAUGUCCAGAUUUUGGCGGCGCCUAUGGUGGCUUGGCUGGUUGA